AUGAGUGUCAUUCUCUGCACAGGUGCGUCCCUUGAGACUGACAGCCCUUCGCUCCUCAUCCAUGCUGACCGCGCGGCAGCGGGUUAUGAUCACACCAUUCGGUAAGUUCUCGUCGGACGUGAGAGCGGGCGGAAAGCGGUGUAUUUGAACGCUGCUCGACGCCUGAGGACUCGCUGCUCCUCACGCGCCAUGGGUGCUCGGGUACACACCCGUCUUCGGGUAAAGGUGUCGAUUGCGUGGAAUUGGGCUAAUCUGCUUAUUUACACCAGAUUCUGGGAGGCUCUGAGUGGUAUUUGCUCUCGCACCAUUCCUCACCCUGACUCGCAAGUCAACCGCCUGUGUAUCUCGCCAGACAAGCGCUUCUUGGCGGCUGCUGGCCACCACACCGUCAAGCUCUACGACAUCAAAUCCACCAACCCGGCCGCCGUCCUCACUUUUGAAGGCCACACCGGCAAUAUCACGGGUGUCGCCUUCCACUGCGAAGGCAAAUGGAUGGUCACCAGCUCUGAGGACGGUACUGUAUCCUCCAGUCACCCGUUGAAUGUUCCGGUGCUAACGCAUUCCAGGAACUGUCAAGAUAUGGGAUACCCGUAGCGGCCACAUCCAGCGGAACUACUCUCAUGGCGUUGCAGUCAACGACGUCGUCAUCCAUCCGAACCAAGGCGAGCUGAUCUCAUGCGAUCGCGGGGGCAACGUUCGCAUCUGGGAUCUUGGCGAGAACAAGUGCAGUCACCAGCUCGUUCCGGAAGAGGACAAGAGUGUCGCCUCCGUGACAGUCGCCACCGAUGGCUCUCUCAUGUGCGCUGCUGUUAGCUCCAGCGUCAGUGGCUCGGUCUUCGUGUGGCGCAUGAUCACCGUUCGCGAUGUUACCAGCCUCGUGCCCGUCACAAGAUUCAGGGCUCACGGUACCUACAUCACCCGCGUCCUGCUUUCGCCCGAUGUGCGCAAGCUUGCGACGUGCUCCGCCGACCAUACUGCCAGAAUCUGGACCGUGGAUCUUGAGAAUGUCAGUCCUCCAGAUGAGCAGAAAGAGGGCGAGGAAGGAGCUACAUCUCAGCCAAACGCUGGCGAGGAUUCUGGAGCACUGCCUCUGGAAAACGAGCUGGAUGGUCACCAGCGCUGGGUCUGGGACUGCGCCUUCUCGGCUGACUCGGCGUAUCUUGUCACCGCUUGCAGCGACCACUACGCCCGCUUGUGGGAGCUUUCCAGUAAGAGCAUCAUCCGGCAGUACAACGGCCAUCACCGUGGUGCAGUCUGCGUUGCGCUCAACGAUUACUCCGAAACGCGCUGA